UAGGCUAGUCUCUAUAUCAUUACCAUGGCUCUUUGCAUGAAGUCAGCGCUGGGCGUGGCCCAAAAGCCUCGCACCGUGCAAGCUUGCUCGCCUCUGCUGCGCCCAAGCAUGCAGAGGUCACCAUUUUCAGUCCAAGCGGUGCUUGGCAAGGCGAGGAAGUCCAAAGUCACUAAGCGCGAGACGCUCACGCCGGAGCCAUCUUUUAACCUGCAACUGGGCCUGCUGGGCUUGUCGGGUCUGAGUUUCUAUGAGGACAACUACAUCUUAGGCGGUUUCCUGGCCUUCCUUGGCGUGUUCCUCUCCAUCCAGGCCACUCGCAUCAGGUUCACGUUUGAUGACGAGGGCAUGGAGGUGCUCCGCGCGGGGCAGGAGAGCGAGAACGUCAUUGUGGGUGGACGCAACCGCUGGUCGUACUCGAGCUUCAUCAACUGGGAGCUCUGGUGGCCCGGAUUCCCAAUCUUGGUCUACUUCAAGGAGAACCAGACGAAGCCGGAGGGUCAGGUGCACUUCUUCCCCAUCAUUUUCAACGGCAAGCAGCUGUACGAGGCAAUGGUGGAGCGCUGUGGGCCCUCCAAGAACAGCGGCCCAAAGAAUUGAGUAUGGGCGAGGCAGCUUUGCUGGGAACUGCGUGCGUCUGUAUGUGCGCGGUAACGAGGAUGAUAAGUCGCUUACAUCCCAGUGUUGGAGGUAGUGGGCGGCGAUUUAGGUGCGCUGGAGCAAACCCAUCCGGGGUGCAGUGGACGCGGAUGUCCCCCGGGACCAAAGGUCUUCUGUUGACCUUUGGUUCAGAUGCGGACGGGACCUGCGGAAAGCCAUGUUUGCAUGUUUUCGUUCUCUCGGUGAUGUACAAUGCCUCGUGUUUUUUCACAAUGGUGUGCUGCACCACAAAGACCCCGUGCUUUGGGUCUUCGUCUGGCGGCGAUAGCGAGGUUGUAGAAGGAGGCACACCGCCGGGGGUUGCUGUUUUAGGGCACCGGAUUGUGUCGUAUUGACGGCUGUGUUCUGUGGACAUUGGAAGUCCAUGUCGAUUUGAAUGCCUGUGGGUGGGGGGAGGUUGGUGUCGGCCGGUCAUCAGGGACUGGUAGGUGGGGCGCACCAGAGGUACCUGUGUUCCUGUGUGUGUGCAUCAGAGGCAGGGUAGGAGGGGGAAUCCCUGUUACGUGCGACGAACACGUGUCGUGGUGAGUAUGGAACUGUUGGUAAGAGUUUAUAAGCCAUUCGCGUGUGCGGUCGCGUCGCUAUGUAUUGGGUCCUUGAACCAGCUAACGGU